CCCAAAGACAGCUUCAUCAAUGCACUGACCAAGAACAUUGUGGCCAUGCUUGUUUGGCUGACACUGAGCGUGCUGAAUGGCAGCAUGGUGAAGACCUUCCUGAAGCACAGCUUCUUCUACGACGACCCACGCUACAUCAUGUUCAUCUGCAUGGUGAUCAACGACACCAUCCAGCUGACCCUAGUGACCACCCUGUACGUGGUGAGCUACGUGUUCUUCAAGAUCCUGGCCUCCGUCUGCUGCCCGCUGGUGAUGACCGCUGUUCUGACCACCCGCGCCACUCCGCUCAUCCUGGCCGGGAUGGCCGUCGAGCGCUACUUGGCCAUCUGCUUCCCGCUGCACUACCAGCAGAUCUGCACCAUCUCGCGCACCCUGCUCCUGGUGGCGGUAGUGCUCUUCCUCAGCGCCGCCAUGCCGCUCACCGACCUCUUCAUCACCCUGGCCAAGGAGCCCGUCGCCGUCUUCCGCGAAUCCGUCUUCUGCGACCAGUACCAGCUGUUCAGGGACCGCGCCAUCUACUACAAGAACUGCGCCUUCGACAUCGUCUACUUCUCCUUCGUCUUCCUCACCCUGCUCUUCACCUACUGUAAGAUAAUGCUGGCCGCGCGGGCGGCCUCCUCGGACCUGGUGUCGGUGAGGAAGGCGCGGAACACCGUCCUGCUGCACGGCUUCCAGCUGCUGCUCUGCCUGCUGGCCUUUGUGGUGCCGUCCCUUCAGGCCCCGCUCAUCGCGCUCUUCCCCCGGUUCGGCGUGGAGAUCCGCUACAUCAACUUCCUCCUGGUCUACAUAAUCCCGCGUUUCCUCAGCCCCAUGAUCUACGGCUUCAGGGACGAAAAGUUCCGCAAGUACUGGGCCAGGCACAUCACGUGCCACACACAGAGGGUGAGGCCGGCCCUCAAAUUCACUCAGAGGUGA